AUGAUUAUCCAGAACUUAAUUCGGGCAGGGGCGGGGGCAGCUCAAAACCGACAACCCCAUGAGGCUCAUCUGGGCGCCUAUGAGAAGUUCAUGUUUCUCAUGACAGUCACAGUAGCUCAUGAGCUGAUGCACUUCUUCGUCGGAUAUCUGACUGGCCUUUCUUCGGAUGGAACCCUCGUGGGCGAAUCCGGAAGAGCCUGGGAGGCAUUUGUCCUUGGAGGUGUUGUGGAAACUUUUGAGAAUGUGAGGAACCCAUUGGGUGCAUACCAGGCCGGUGACUUUUACGUCAUUGAUGCGCAGCAGGUGGCACGCCGACUGGACCAUUCAUGUGUCAGGCGCAUCUUAGCUUUGGACUUCACUUUUCCUCUUCAGACCAUAGGAACGUCUACUACUCUCAGUAGUUUGGAUCGUUCCGCCCGUAGCAUGAAGAAGGUCCGUACAGCAGUUCUUUCACAGACCCGGAUUCCUUCACCAGGUCGCGAUCGCUGCGGCCCUAGCACUAUCAGUAGGGAUACCAUGAGAGCUUUCUUAGUCAAAUUUGAAGACCGUUAUGCGUCCGUAUAA